AUGUCUCCACACUCAAAGACCCUGAUGGGAAGAGAAUGGUCCUUGUUCUCCUUGAUAGUCUUCAAAAUACCGGGCACAAGAGUCGUUCUAACCACCUGGUACUCAAUGGUCUUAGGAUUGGCCAACUUCACAGCCUUGGAGUCAUCUAGAUUGUUUAGGAAUUUGAAGUUUUCAUCAUGCGAACACAAUGUCAACGGCAUCACCUCGAGCCACCCGCUCUGCGCAGAAGCGAUUCUCAGGAUGUCUGCAAUCUUGUUGAUCGGCAAUGGCUGGGCCACCGUAGCAGCAGUCUUGGGAGUGGAUCUCUUGAGGUUGUCGUAUCCGUAA